GGGAGGCAGGCUCCACCGGUCCGGGCAGCUGCUCAGCGGCCGCACUGGACGGCGGACCGCCAGCUGGCUCCAUUCGCCGACCGUUCCACCCCUCUGGGCGGCCGGUCUUGCUGCGGCGGUCCAGUCGUGGCCUUGGUCCGGCGUCGAGAGGUCGGGCGCCGCCGCCCGGUCGGGGAGCGACAGGACGCACACGUGAUUUUGGGAACGGCGGCGGAGAGCUGACGGAGAUGAGGUCGCGGCUGGAACGUAGCUGACAGGUGAAGCCGUGGGGUCCGGCCGGCGCGCACAGCCGCGGAUCGCCGCCGCCAUGCGACCCAGCGCCAGCCUCCUCCGCUUCAGCCUGGUGCUGAACGCGUGCCUGCUCUUCUCCUACGGCGUCUGGUACAUGCACCAGUCGACGGUGGUCGGGUUUGUUCCGGAGCCGACCGCCCAGGCCGCGCCCGUGGCCAGGACCGUACUGGAAACCAGACCGACCACAACCCCAGCGGCGGCGGCGGAGACGACGGAAGCCGCGCCUCCCCAGACAGCGGCGCAGAUCGACCCGCACUGUGCCUUGAGCCAACUGAGACAAUGCAGCGACGUGGUGCCACGAGCGCACUAUGUGAUGCGGGGCACUAAGUACUGGGUAUUGUACAACUUCGUGAUCGGCGAGCGUCGCGUGGCGUGCAACGAGACGGUGACGUAUACCACCCACGGAGACUUCACCUUCUUAGACAACAUAGUGCCCCUGGUGCUCCGCUGGCGCGCUCCCGUGUCGUUCGCGCUGUACGCUCCUGCCGAUGACUUUAUACCUUCCGUCGAGGCCCUGUCGUACCUGCGCUUCUGUGCUGACCCGCUCGCCAGAGAACUAGUCACUUUCCACGUGGUCUUUGACGUGGACAAGGUGCCGCUGAACGUGACAAACGCGACGCAGCUGCUGCAGCGGCAGCCGGACUGCUCCAAGCCGCCGCCCUGGGUGGCAAAGGAGUCGUACCGCAAGGCCAAGCACCUGACGUACCCGGUGAAUGUGCUGCGCAAUGUGGCGCGCGAGACGGUGAUGACUCACUAUGUGCUGCCCUCGGACGUAGAGCUGUACCCGAGCGAGGGUCUGGCCGAACAGUUCAUAGACAUGGUGCGCCGCAACGCGCCGGUUCUGUGCCGGCCUCAGCCGCGCGUCUACGUGCUCAGCAUCUUCGAGGUGGCCGCCAACCACACGCCUCCACUACACAAGGACCAGCUGACGGGCAUGCUGAAGAACGGCACCGCCAUCCCGUUCCACAAGUACAUGUGUCCCACGUGCCACCGGAUACCGAAGGCCAAGGAGUGGACCUUCUCCAAGGAGACGCAGCAGAUGGACGUGUUCCACGUGGGAAAGCGGCACCCGCCGUUCGAGAAGUGGGAGCCCAUCUACAUAUGUACCAACCAGGAGCCCGCCUAUGACGAACGCCUCACCUGGGAAGGCAAGAUGGAUAAGAUGGGACAGGGUUAUACGUUAUGCAUACAAGACUACGACUUCAUGAUACUAAACAACGCAUUCCUGGUUCACAAGCCCGGUAUCAAAAAGUACAAGCCUGACAAGUGGCGGGACACGCUGGUGUCGAAGCAGCGCCGCUUCAUCCUCAGCGCAGAAAAGCUGGAGCUGGAGCGAAUGUUUGGUCGACGAAAACAGUGCAACCUCUCCUGAUCGGCCUUAGCGGCAAUCAGACUCAGCAGGGUCCAACGGGGCGCGCCGGCGCAAGGAGUGCCCCGUGUGGCGGCGCUCAGAUGAGGCCACAAUAGUAGGUCGGUUUCGGCGUUGGUUGUUUUGUGAAAUCGAUUAGUGCGUUUUGUAUUAGGAAUUUUGUGAUAUCGGCUGAAGCUGCCCACGUGAGACGUUCCCGAGCCGUGUGGUGUAAUGAUGUAACGUGAUAUCGAAGACACUGAUUUGUGAGUGUAAUUCUCUGAUUAUUUCGGUUUCCAGUAGUCAGUUGUGAUUCAUGGAGUCUUGCAGAGUAGGCUGGACGCCGAGAUCGGCAGCGUAACGCACUUACAAUAAUGCGUCUGCUGUUGUCAUAUAACAACGCGAACCGGUGUCAUGAAGAAAGACCGACAAAGACGGACAGGGUUAGGGCAGCUGCACAGGCUGCCAAUGGGACGCUACCGAACGGUGCCCUAUCGGCAACUGCGCGUGUCUCUGGGACCGGCAUAAGCGCGCAGCUGUAAUGUUAUUGAGUGUAAUAUUGCCCUUGUCGGUACGAGCAAUCAGCAUUGUUGUGAAGCCAAGCCUUAUAAGUGCCACAUGUGUGUAGCGGCCCUGUGCAAUGGACGCCUGUCAGUGUGCUGGUCGCCGAGAAAAUCUCGGCAAUGUUUGGUCAUGUUUACAAUCGCUGUCGAGUUUUUACCGUGCAAAACGGUAAGUUCAGUGAGCUGUAGCGAAAUUGUCCGUAUUUUCAUGUGGGAGAUGUGAUUUUUGUAUGAUCAGUAUCGGGUGCGGAAUCAGGAUGGCUUAAUCAAUUACGGAUAAUUAUGGUAUUUGUUACAGAAUGUGAUCUAAUGUGUUUAGUUAGGCGGCUCUACUGAAUGGUGGGAUUGAACCAAAGAAGUAUUGUUCAUUGAAUGACGCUGUAACCCUGCAUAUCUGCCAUGUGUGCUGAGAUUUUUGAAGUAAAUGUUCGAUCGAUAA